AUGUCUACCGGCAGCCCGCAAGACCCUGCGACAGGUGCACCGGCAAAGGUCGACGACUCUUACGCCGAGAGCAAGGCCAAGUUCGAAAGCAAAGCCAAGAGCGAGUACUUCGACCCUUGUCAGGAACUCGCCCAGAAGAGCAUCAAGUGCCUGCACCGAAACGGUGGCGACAAAACAAUGUGCGGUGACUACUUUCAGUAA